AUGUCACACGUUAUUUUUGCUGAUGUGUAUUAUAAUGGAUCCUACUAUUCGGGAAACCAUAACGACUCGUUGGGAAGCGAUGAUCACGGACACGACGGGGUAUUGUUUUCUCCUCAUCCUCACGUAUUGGUCCUUGUUGUUCUCUCGUGUAUCAUUCUCGCCGCAGUUAUUGGAAAUAUUCUCGUGAUAGCUUCUGUAUACUCACAGCGUCGUUUGCGGACAGUGACGAACUAUUAUAUCGUAUCGCUUGCAUGGGCGGAUUUUUUGGUCGCUCUGUUCGUGAUGCCGUUCCACGUGGUAGGAGAAAUUACGGGCAGGUGGUGGCUCGGUGUCGUCUUUUGUAACAUUUGGAUUUCACUGGACGUUCUUUUAUGUACUGCGUCGAUAUUAAACCUAUGUUGCAUUAGUUUAGAUAGGUACUUUGCUAUAACAGAGCCUCUCAAGUACGCAGCCAAGCGUUCCAAGCGCCUAUGCUUUAGCAUGAUCGCGGGUGUUUGGAUCGCUUCUGCAUUGAUCACAUCCCCGCCUAUCUUUGGGUGGAAAGACCCGGAUCACGGAAGAGACCCUACACGGUGCCAGCUAACACAGGCUCCAGGUUAUGUCAUAUACUCGGCAUGCGGCUCUUUUUACUUUCCACUUUUAGUCAUGAUUUUUGUUUAUUGUCGAAUAUUCCAGGCCGCAUCAAAGAGCGAGAAAAAGUUUGGUUUGAGGAGAAAAUUCAACAACGGCCAGAAAAACACCACUACUACCUUGGAGAAAUCCGAUUCUUUCGAUUCGCAGUACAGUUUUAGCAGCGAGGAAAAACAGAAAGGAAAUAUUUUGCUAAAACCGGAAAAAGUCAAAACAUUGAAAUUAAUAUCAAGAUCAUCGCUUACAAACGAGCAUAAAGUGAAAACUACGCUCAUCUAUGGAACGCCGAUGCUUAACAGACGUGUUUCUAAAGUGAAACUACAGGGCAGUCAAAAUGGAAUAGUAGAGUAUCAUAGCUGUCAAUCUACGCCAACGCUGCCACGGGAAUGCGGACACACACCACUUCGUUCUUCUAGUGUCGCUAUGCUGAGGUUGAAAAAGUUGGUGACAGAAAGCCCGGUAUCCGCGGUGUGCAACUCCCCGACUCGGCGGGGAAAGUCUGGAAAAAGCGACGAGAGAAAAAAAGCGCGCAUGCUUCUGCGAAAGGAGAGAAAGGUAGCGAAGACACUGGCUAUCGUUGUGGGAUGUUUUACUGUGUGUUGGCUGCCCUUUUUCCUUGUUUACAUUAUAGCGCCAUUUUGUAGACAAUGUCACGUGCCAACAAUGUUAACUAGUUCGUUUGUGUGGCUCGGUUACCUGAAUUCGGCCCUUAAUCCGAUUAUCUACGCAUUUUUCAAUGUCGACUUUCGGCGGACGUUCUGGAUGCUUACCUUCGGCAGUUGCAAGCAUUGUACGCCCUCGUGCGUUGAAAAGGAGAAAGGGAUGUCUUAUAAUGUCUGA